UUUGGGACGGAGGGAGCAGAGCCUUCUGAGUUUACAGUCUUAUAAAUCCAUUUCCUACAGCAACAGCAUCAUGCUGAUAACCAUAAUCCAUAUGAAAUAGAGCAAAGUUACGGUGACUUUCUAGGCGACAUGAGUGGUGUCAGUCAGUCACAUGCAUGGUCUCGUAUGCUAAUGACACUGGACGAUAACAAAGCCUGAACAAAUGGAAAUUUAACUACGGUAAGCAACGAUUCUAUUUACCUCUUCUAAUAUAAUGCUUCGCCAUGUGCAUGGGUACCCCCAACCAUAGUUUACUGUUUACUGGCUUCCCCUGAAAAUGCAUAGCCUUUAGGCUUGCCUUUACACACUCACAUCGUCACCUUCAUGGUUGGAACCUAGUACGGCCUUCUCUCCUACUCCAAGAUCCAAUCAUCCAAACCAAGAACACCCAGGCACCCAGCCGCCGGCGCGCCGACGACAGGUGGCGAUGGGGAAGAAGUGCUGCAUCGCCAGCUGGACCGCGGCCGUCAUCGCGGCCGGCAUCAUCGCCGUCCUCGUGGCCGCCUACGGCGUCCUCCGGCAUGUGGACAUCGCCGUCGAGGAGGCGUCGCUGACAAGGUUCGCCCUGGCGGAGACGACGACGACCUCCUCCCCGGCGGCGGCGGCGGUGCUCGCGUACAACCUCUCGCUGACGCUCGCCGUCCGCAACCCGAACUGGGCCAUCACCGUCAAGAACAGGAAGAAGCUCGAGGCGGCGUGCACCUUCGACGGCCAGCCGUUCGACCGCGUGCUGCUCGCCGGCAAGGGCGACAAGCAGGGGCCCAGGAAGACGAGGGUGUACCACCUCGCCGUGAGCUCGAACGGCGCCGCCGUCCCGGCGCUGGGCAACGCCGGCGCCGCCGAGUUCAGGAAGCAGAACGCAACGGGGUUCUUCGAGGUGGAGGUGAAGGUCACCGGCAAGUUCAGCUACACGGGGCGCCUCACCAAGUGCGACCUGGACGCGACCUGCCCGCUCAAGCUGCAGCUCGCGCCGCCGGGGACGAAGGCCGUCGUGUUCCAGAAGGUCAAGUGCAAGCUCGCCAAGCCCAAGAAGUACUGCUAAAUUUGCUGAAUUGCAUCAACUUCGUUCUUUGUUGCUCUUCGCGUUUGCUUGCUCGUAUCUAUGCCAUGCUUGGUAGCCUUGGUGCUGAUUAUUCAUCUUGAUCGAUUUGAGAUGUUUAUGUGUAAUGCGUUUCCCGCCGCUACAAGAUGCAUGUGAAUGGAAAUUUUGAUUUUUGUAUGUAA